CUGAUCAGCACAGCCUAUACAAAUCCAUCCGGCGGGGAUUGUAUAUAUAAUAUAAUAUAUGUACAUGCAGACAGGCCUGGUUUGAAAUUAUAAUCCCGACGGGAACAAUCAUUGACUCACGUACAUACUACAUUCUUUCCCACAUAUUCAACUUCCACCCCCAACCUACUGCUUCGUACAAUCAUCACACAGCAUCAAACGUCCCCAUAGGGCAAGGAAGCCAAAAAAAAAAAUGGCCGUCGUCUACCGUCGCAGACGCUACCACUGGCCCGAACUCCAACUCAACAUCUGGAUUCUCAUCGUCUUAUCGGCUUCGGCCAUCUGCAUGGGCAUCUUUGCUUGGCUCAUGUCUGUACAAUCCGAGAUGCGUCUCGGUACACCAUGGCUAUUCCCAUUCAUGGUCGUCUCCGGCGCCCUCGGCAUCUUCUUCAUCAUUCUCAUUCUCAUCCUCGCCGCUCAGCGCUUUCUGCUCCCAGGCAUUAUCAUCCUGGGCAGUUUCAUCCUCUUCGUCCUCUGGUUGACGGGGUUGAUUGAGACCUCAUUGCAGUUGUACGGCGUGGUCGGGAACGUCGAUGAUAAUUGUCAGAUCUAUGUCGUUGAUAAUCGGGCAGGCGGGAAUAAUAUGCAGACCUUGGCUUGGUUGACGCAGAAAACUAUUUGUGACUGCUGGAAGACAGCUUUUGCCUUUGAGCUGGUGAAUACUAUCUUCUUUCUUUGGAUGAUGAUCUUAUCGUGGCAGGUUAAUCGCGAUGUAUAUGAUUAAUUUCUUGGUCUUUCUUCUCUUUUUCUUUCUUCAUUUUACUCUCUGUUGUGUUUUCUAUGACCGGAUAUGAUGUUGAUGAUAAGUGUGCGAUGAUUUUUGAUCGAACUCUGUAUAUGAAGAUAUGGGCGUUGUAUGGUAUAUGAUAUCCAAAAAUUUGAGAUUUCUUUUUUUUUUCUCUUUGAUA